AUGGCUCAAGCUCGUACCGGUAAAUUAAGACAUGUUUCUGGUAAUAUUGCUAUUGCAAUGACACUCGAUGAAGAAUCAGUUUUGGAAUAUCAUGCUAACGGUCAAUAUUUUCUUAUUAAUGGUGUAAAACAAACUAUCCCUUCUGGAAAAACAAUUUCAUUGACUUCUAAGGGUGCCUCAGUUACAUAUAAUGUUCUUAAAUUUGGUCCAAAUAUUGUAAUUAAGAGUAGUUCUGGAGCAAUUAUUAAUAUGAAUGGUUGGAGUGUUUACAAACAAGGUAAUUAUAUCGAUAUUUCCUUUGAAGCUCCUGCAACUCUUGAUAUCAACUAUGGUUAUUGUGUAAGCUCCACCAUGGGUGUUCCAAAGGAAAGUUACUUUGCCAAACCAAUGAAGAGGGUUGCCUUGAUCAAAUCAUCAAGUGUUAAUGCUGAACUUAAAGAAGCAACUUCAAAGGAAAAAGAACAAGCUCGCAAAGCGUGUGCUAAGGCAGGUAUCUCUGAAAAGGAUCAUCCAAACGAUUUCAAGUCAUGUUACGUGGAUGCGUUGAUCAAUCCAGAUAAUGCUUCAAGUUUUGCCAAGAGUAUGCUUAAAUUGCAGAAAAUGGAAAAGGUGUCAAGUAAGGAAGUUGCCAAGGAAGCCAUUUCACAAAUGGAUAAGAAGGAUUUAGUUAAAAUUGUUUCUAAAGCCGCUGUUCAAGAAGCAAAGAAGCAAGAUGUUACACCUGCAAGUGAAAAGAAGGUUGCCAGUGCUUUGAACACCUUAUCAACCAAUAAGUUACUAUCUACAUUGGAUAAAAUUAUUGAUAAUAAGGCCAUUGUUAAGAUUGAACCACCAAAAGCAAAUUCAUCACCAACUACAAAACCAAACUCAUUCACUGUCAGGUCAGUUUCUGUUAAACCUGUUCCAACACCAACAGUUAAACCAUCAAACCCAGUUAAAUCACCAACAGUAGUUCCAGAUGUAAAGCCUUCUCCAGUACUAACAAAACCUGUACCGGUUAAGCCAACAACUAAACCGGUCAGUGUUGCUACUUUCACCUCUAGCCCAAAACCUGUUGAGGUUAAACAAGUAUCAACUCCAAAGCCAACAGUUAAACCAAUCUCAAAGCCUGUUGAAGUCAAACCAGUAGUUAUUACCAAGCCAUCUGAGUCAGUUUCUGUAAAACCAACAAUUAAACCUGCAACACCAAAGCCAACAGUUAAACCAACCAAUAACGGAGUUAAGCCAGUUAUUCCAGAUAUCAAGACUCCUAAAUCUGUUUCUAAACCAACAGAGUUGACUUCAAUUAAACCUGAUUCAACACCAACUAAACCAGUUAGCGUAAAACCAACUAAACCAACUGUUGGAAAACCACCAGCUUCCACUCCAAAACCAGUAUCAUCAGUUUCCAUUGUAAAGCCAAGAGGAACAGUCAAACCAGUUGUUAAGCCAACAGUUAAACCAAUCUCCAAACCUGUUGAAGUUAAACCAGUAGUUGUUACCAAGCUAUCUGAGUUAGUUUCUGUAAAACCAACAGUUAACCCUGUAGCAACUCCAACAGUUCCAAAGCCAACAGUUAAACCAACAAGUAAGCCUUCUGAUUUGCUCUCUGUUAGACAUUCUGCAACUCCAAAACCAGUUAAACCAGUAAUUGUUACUAGACCAAAUAGUAGCUCAGUUCCAACACCAAAACCAACGGCACACAAGCCAACUCAAUUACUCAAUAGUGAAAGACCAACUGUAGUUGAAAAACCAGGUACUAAGCCAACAAUGAAACCAACGAAACCAGUAUCUAUUAAGCCAACAGUCAAACCAACAGAUGGUGUAUCGGCUAACCCAGCAGAUUUCACACUUGUUACAAAGCCAACAAAAUCUUAUGGCUUUGUAAAACCAACUUCUACUAAACCAACAACUGCCCCAACCAACCCUGUGUCAACUAAACCAGUUAAGCCAACAACUAAACCUGAUUCCACUCCCACAUCAGUCAAGCCAAUCUCAAAGCCAAAGCCUGUUGAAGUUAAACCAGUAUCAACCCCAAAGCCAGUAUCAUCAGUUUCCUCUGCAAAUCCAAUCAAACAAACAGAUGUAAAGCCAAGAGGAACAGUCAAACCAGUAGUUGUUAAGCCAACAGUUAAACCAAUCUCCAAAGCCUGUUGA